AUGGGGACUUACCGGCAGAGAAGGCUGCGCUUUGGCCGUGUGGUUUUUUUUGUGGUCUCGUUGGUCCUGGUUUGGUUCUACCUCUUGUCCUUGAAAACUCAAGGUCAAAACUCAGUGAAUGUAAAAGCAAGAGAUCUGGACCAAGAUCUGAACCCGGACCUAAACCCAGGUCUGGACCAGGAGCUGGACCAGGACCCGGAGCCAGAGGAGUUCCAAGUAGCAGUUGAGGACCAGGACCAGAGCAGACCUCCAGUGGUGAUCCCUGUGAACCGGAGCGACAUCCAGACCUGCAUCUAUGUGGACAAAGCUGAGGCCUCAGAUGAAAGUGAGACAUCUCCCAAGAGGAAGGGAGAGUACCCGCUGGACCUGUUUUCUCUGGAGCAGCGGCGGCGCGGCUGGAUUGUGUUCCACGUUUUUGGCAUGAUCUACAUGUUUGUGGCUUUGGCAAUCGUUUGCGAUGAGUUCUUCGUUCCGGCGUUGGAGGUCAUCACCGAAAAACUGCAAAUCUCCGACGACGUUGCCGGAGCAACCUUCAUGGCGGCUGGCGGAUCUGCUCCCGAACUUUUCACGUCUUUGAUCGGCGUCUUCAUAGCGCGCAGCAACAUCGGUAUCGGCACAAUUGUGGGUUCGGCCGUGUUUAACAUUCUCUUUGUGAUUGGAAUGUGCGCCAUCUCCUCACGGGAGAUGCUGCACUUGACGUGGUGGCCGUUGUUUCGCGACGUCACCUUCUACAUCCUGGACUUGAUGAUGCUGAUUGUAUUUUUCCUGGACAACGCCAUUCGGUGGUGGGAGAGCGCCGUGCUGGUGUCUGCUUACUUCUCCUACGUGACGUUCAUGAAGUUUAACGCUCAGAUUGAGCGAGCAGUGAAGAAGUGCUUUGGGAAACGCAAGAGCACGGUACAAGCCUGGAGCGCAGAGGAGCCGGAUAAGGUGACUGAAGCCCCAGCCCUUCUUCUUCCCCCUCCCCCUUCUCCUCCUCCUCCUCCGGCUCCGGAACCUAAACUCGAGUCCAGACCAGACCCAGAAUGCCAGGUCUCCACAAUCAGACGCACUUCGGACCCCCAGAUGGACCGCUCCAAAGUGAAGACACGUCCAGCUCUGCAGAGAGGGGGCAGCAGUGUGUCGCUUCACAACGCCUCAAUGAGGAACACCAUCUUCCAGCUCAUGAUCCACACCCUGGACCCGCUCACAGAAGAUUAUUCCAUGAACGGUGACGUGAAGAUGAGCCAGAGGAGAGCUCGCAGAGUUCGGCCUCUGAGUGAGACGGUGGCUGAAACCGAGGAGAACCCGGCCGCUGAGGACUUGGAGCAGGAUCCUCAGACGGAGAUCGCUGCAGCAGAACCGUCCACGUCCCAAAGACUCCCAGCUGUCGAGCCACAGCACGAAAAGAUCCCAGAGGCGAGAGAGUGGAGCUCGGGCAGCAGCUGUUCCUCCUGCUCUGGUCCACAUGAGGAUAAGAAAGAGGAGGAGGAAGAGGGGAAGGAGAAGGAGGAAGAGGAAAGCGCCCCCUUGAGUCUGGAUUGGCCCAACACGCUCCCCAAGCAGACCUCGUACCUGCUGCUGCUGCCCAUAGUGCUGCCGCUGUGGCUCACUCUCCCGGACGUUAGGAACAAGGCGUCACAGAGGUUCUUCACUAUGACGUUUCUCGGCUCCAUCUUGUGGAUCGGGGUUUUCUCCUAUCUCAUGGUGUGGUGGGCCCAUCAGGUGGGGGAGACUGUGGGCAUCUCAGAGGAGAUCAUGGGCCUCACCAUCCUGGCAGCAGGCACCUCCAUCCCAGACCUCAUCACCAGUGUCAUUGUGGCUCGGAAAGGCCUGGGGGACAUGGCCGUGUCCAGCUCUGUGGGUAGCAACAUCUUUGACAUCACUGUCGGGUGA